AUGGUGUUCGGCUGUGACCAUCUGGUCGAACAUGUGCACAGUCCGACAGAACUAACGUACUACCACGGCCAGAUCGCCGAAGAAGACAUGGCCGGCAAACUGAAAAACGACGGUGAUUACCUUUUGUGGACGGACCAAGCGGGCAAGCUCAAAAUUUCCGUGUUUUGGAAUCACACCAUUCAUCACCUGGAAGUUUCAACGGACCCGAAAACCGGUACCUAUCUUCUGCCACGUGGCAAUGAAACCGAACCGAUCGAAACAGUCAGUAGCCUAGACGAGUGCAUCAAAGUAUUCGCUAUGUACUCGAUACCUGCGUGUGGUAUUAUACUUAAGAAACCAAUUAAACUGUACUAG